AUGCCUGCUGCAUCAUUUGAACACAAUGAAAAUGACGACUUUGCUGAUGAAGAGGAGGUGCAGUCCUUUGGUUAUAAGAGGUUUGGAAUUCAGGAGGGUACAGAGUGCACCAAGUGUAAAAAUGACUGGGCUCUGAGGGCGGCUAUUGCACUUCUCUACGUGCUCUGUGCACUGCUCACCAUCGCUGUGGCUGUCCUAGGAUACAAAGUGGUCCAGAGAAUGGACAAUGUGACCGAGGGCAUGCAGAAUUAUGGAGGCAAGAUCAACGCUGUGGAGACAGAUUUGAAGAAAUUAGAUGAUCAGACAGGAGAGAAGUCCGUUAAUGCCACAAGUGAAAUCAAGACUUUCAAGUCAGAUCUGGAGUUCUUACAGAACAAACUGAAUGACAUUGCACUCAGGGCAACCAGAAACAGAGACGUCCUGGAUGAGCUUCGGAUCACAGGCGAUGACGUGCAAAAUGGCCACGGGUCCCUGCAGAGCUUUCUGGAAGGAAAUGCGGCCUCACUGCGUGGCCUCAACCAGACCCUGAUCUCUUACAGUGGUGUGAUUGACAACCUCCAAACGGACACAGUACGGCUCCAGUCAGAGAUACAGGGCCAGGUCAAAGAGCAGAGCCAGACCCAGGUUACUGUCAAUGCACUAAACAUCACACAGUCCCAGCAACGCAGUCUGCUCGGCACACUGCAGAAGACGGUGGAAGAGGCAGGACAGGCGGUGCAGAAACUGAAAAAUGAUUAUCAGGGUCUGCAGCAGACGGCCAGACAGAAUAGGGCUGACACAGAGUGGCUGAAGGAAAAGGUGCAAAAUCUCCAGGUUUUGGCAGCGAACAACUCAGCCCUGGCCCGGUCCAAUGAGGAAUCUCUUAAUGACUUGGAUGCUCAGCUCAGCACUCUGGCCAGUCAGAUCCAGAACACCUCGGCCCUCACCGAGGGACAGGACCAGAGGAUGCGUGAGCUGAUGGACCACCAGAGAGACCACGAUAACACCACCUCAUCCAUGUUUGAUAAGAUAGAAGCACGAUUAGACACACAUGAGAACGACAUGGACCGCGUGACUGGAAACAUGAGCUUUGCCACGCAGGUCCUCGGUGCCAUCAGCGUCGACCUGACCGGCCUGAGGUCCUGUGCUGAGACAGUGAUUCGACAUUCAGACCUGUUACUGGCACUGAAUGGUAGCGUGACCGAGGCCCAAGCAGAGGGCAAAGAGCUGCGCAGCCAGCAGGAUGAGCUGACAGCCAGGCUGGACAGAGAGGUCAACAACCUGUCGAUGGUGAUGGAGGAGAUGAAGCUUGUGGACAGCAAGCACUCUCAGCUCAUCACCAACUUCACCAUCCUGCAGGGUCCACCGGGUCCAAGGGGCUCCAAGGGAGACAAGGGUCCACAGGGGCCACUGGGCCAGACAGGGCAAAAGGGUGAUAAAGGAGACAAAGGGAUGCUAGGACAGGUGGGACCCAAAGGAGAGAAAGGUGCUGCUGGACCACCAGGUUCGAUAGGUCCUAAGGGUGCAAAUGGUGGUCGGGGUCUUCCGGGGUCCAAAGGAUCGAGAGGCCCUGGAGGUCGAUCUGGAAACCCUGGUGAUAAAGGUGACCCAGGGACUGCAGGGCUUCCUGGCAGGGAUGGACAGCCAGGGAUGCCAGGACCACAAGGGCCACAGGGCCCCAGAGGUGCAUUUGGACCGGCAGGAUUGGAUGGGCCUAGGGGUUCUGUUGGACCUAUUGGCCCUCCCGGCCCUCCAGGGCUACCAGGGUUACCUGCAGCUGCACCUCCCAUAAUAUUAAAGCCAACUCAGUCCGCUCAGGUCCCUGGAUCUCCCAAAGCACCUGAACCUUCCAAACCAGCCGAGGAACCACAAGGCUCUGUGUCCCGGCAGGUCCAGCCCUCUGUGGCCACCACUCCGACGCCUGGUUGUCCAUCUGGGUUCAGAAAGUUUGGAGACAGCUGCUAUUACUUCUCCUCUGAUCCCCAGAGAGUCAAAUUUGAUGAGGCCAACCAGUUAUGCACUAACAUGUCAUCUUAUAUGCUCAUUAUCAAUGACAAUGAAGAGCAGCAAUUUGUGAGAGAUGCAAUAACAGGAAAAGGUUAUUUCUGGCUGGGCCUGACUGACAGACAUGAGGAAAAUGUCUGGAAGUGGGUGGACGGGACCCUACCUGUUUUCAACAAGUGGAAGCCUGGCCAACCUGAUAACUGGACCAACGGUCAUAAAGACGGCGAGGACUGUGCUGGUCUUAUCCGUAAUGCCUACUGGAAUGAUUUCUACUGCACUGAGCGCAUCGGUUUCAUCUGUGAACGGGCCUCUGACUUGUCUCUUGGAGGAAGGUGAACAGGCUGAAGUUGAAGUUGCAGUGACAAUGAAGGAGAUGAGGAGGAGCUCUCUGUGAAAAGAGGCCCCUGAUGAAGCCAGCCCACAUGAGCAUCACUGAGACUUGGGUUGAUCUUUGUGUUAAAGGCACUUUACAACACAGCGUUACAACAAAGCACAGAGCCAGCCCACUACGGCCUUUUUGUAGUAUUUGUACUGAAGGAAACAUAAGAAUGUAGUAAUCAACACUACACAAAAAUAUAAACGCAACCCGCAGGAUUUUUUAAAUGUUAGAAAUCACAGAACAUUCACUAUUCAGUGGAAAAAACAACAACUGGAGGUUAUAUUCUGGAGCACGUGUGCAGGCAUUUGAACAACUUGGGGAACAGUUGUCCAGUUUCUCGACUCAAUAUCUCAAAUGGAUCUUGUGCUGUCAUGGUGACACGUGGUGGAGGGACACACAGUGCUGCUAAACUCUUGGAAACGUCUUCUGAGACAGCUGAUGGUUGAAUGAUGGACAUUCAGUUCUGCAGGCUCGGCCCCGGUUGGCUCUCCUUCAAUCAAUAUGCCAUCUGCACGCUUGUGUUCUUGGAAAAAGUAGUAGAAAUGUCAUUGCAGCUCAUGAACAAUGGGAACGAAAAGAAAAGUGUUGCGUUUAUAUUUUUGUUCAUUUUAUUCAGGCUAUACUAUGUCAUUGUUUGGUGUACCCACUUUUGUACAGGUGUAUCUGUAAAUAAUAAUUCACAAACCAUACCAUUUUAUUUCUUAACUGCCUUGUCAAUCUUUCCAUUAACAGAAAAUCUAUGUCAGAGGAUUAUGUUGUUAAUAGAGUUACAACUAUUUUUAUACCAUCACAUAUAUAACGCAGAUCCAGAAGAUUAUGAGCACCCGCUCACCAUCAGCAAAAGACUGCAAACUCAGAUAACAAAUAAUGUAAAUUUCACCUUUCUGCAAACUGAAAUAUUCAUGUCAUUUUUUUUAUAAUAGAUGCUCAGUGUGAGCAGUGCUGCUGUUUUAUAAAGGAUCCUAUUUCUUAGAUUUUAGACUGCCAGUUUUAUACAGUAUGAGGCAUACAUUAACAAUAUGUUGUUGUUUUGUAAUGUAGCCAUAUACGAUGAUUUACUCAUUAUGUCUAAUACAAUAUGUGGAAUAUGUUACAUGAUUAUUAUUUGCAUAAUCAGUUGUUAUGAACAAUAGCAGUUGGCUCAUUGUGCCUUAAUUAAAUGACCAGGUUUCUCUGGAUAAGGCCAGGACACUUAUCACAAUA